UCCGUCCUCAGAUAUUUCUACAAGCAGCUCCUGCUAUGCUGUAGCCAGGAUCCGGCCGCGUUUGAGCAGGGCAUCUUUUGCCCGGUGGAAGGUGGGGAACUCCUAAGAUUGAAGCCCCGGUGCUACCUACAUCUCUACCUGAGCCAAAUGCCGCACGGAGCAAUGAAAAAACUCCACACCCCUUUGCUGAAGUCCAACCCUUCGGUCGAUCUGCACGUCAGCAUCAAAGGGCGGCUCAAGCCCGUCUCGCAUUGCAGCCCUACCAUGCUGUCCACCCACGUCUACUGUGCCUCCGGCAGUGACAAGCUGACCCGCUGGACCGUCCUGGGAGUCCAAGGGGCCCUGCUCAGCCACUUCCUGCAUCCCGUGUACAUCACCAGCAUUGUCCUAGCUGACUCUUAUCACAACCACGACAUUCUCUAUUGGGUCCUCAACGAGCAUUUGCACCUGGGACCGGAAGAGGGCUUCCCCGAACCGUACGGUCACAAGAAGAUCUACCUCUUCGAAGGGCCCCCCGUGACCCCCUUCAACUCCCCGACAGAAUGCGGCGCGCUGAGCCUGAACUGGUGCGCAGGAGACGAGAUGCUGGAAUGUGUGAACGGAGCUGUCGGGAAGGCCGAAAGGGACAUUGCAAAUCCAGGAGGCGGGUCCCGACCUAGCCGGCUCUGUAAGGCCGCCAUGUUGAAAUCCUUCCGGAAGGUGGCCCAGGAGAUGAAGAGAGAGGACUUGACGUUGCUAUUGCCGUAUCACGAAGCCAAGGUUCAAGCCACAACUUACCAGCGUGCAAAACUCCAACUAUACACCCACUUGAGUGUACGGAAUUUGAGCAAGUGGCCUCAAAAGCAGUUGGUGGACAGUUUUUGCAGAUAGACUGGCUUGGGUAGCUGAAGAUCCCCUCCAGCCAAUGGAUAGGAGCAAGUUCCAGUGAGAUCUUGUUCUCAGUUUCGUUCCCUAAAUUAUGGGAUUGUUGAUGUUUAGUGAGUUUCGACCCAAGAUUUGUAAAACUAGCUGGUUUCAACAAGCCGGAAGUAUGGUGAACUACAAUUUUUGGUUUCAGGCCUAAUGUUCAGAGAAGAUGAAACUGGUGAGCAGAAAUGGAGGCUGAACUCGUAGGUCUUCCUUCAAGCAAAAGACCCCCUGAAUUUAUCUAGAACAGGCGUCUCGAAACUUGGCACCUUUAAGACUUGUGGACUUCACCUCCUAGAAUUCCCCAACCAGCUUCUGAGAGUUGAAGUCCAGCAGUCUUGAAAGGUGCCAAGUCUGGAGACGCCUGUUCUAGAAUCUGGAUCUGUAAUGUUUUGCACUGGUGUGGCACUUAAUACCUGAAAAAGUCACACCAAUAUGUGAGAGCAGAGCAUCACGAAGAAAUACUGCGCUGCCUUUGGAAAAACCCACAUACUUCCAAAGAGCAAAUUUUGAAGUUAU